CACUGCAACCACUAGUCUUGCUUCUUUCUCGCUUUUUCUCCCAAAUUGUUGCUGCUCUUCUCAGCAGCGAGAUUAAAAAAAAACAAUGGAGGAGAUGAGAAGGAGAGAGAGAGAGAGAGAGAGUCAUGGUGGGAGAAUCCCAUUCGGCCGCAGUGCCUCCUCACAGGAGUGGGAGAGUGAAGGGACUGGUGGGAACAGGGAACUCAGAGAGAAAUCCAUCUCUCUUUGCCCUUUUGAUUAAGGGGAAAAAAUUAUGCAUCUUACAUGAAAAUCAAGUUUCAAUGCAAUAUCAAAGUUAAGUUACAGAUUAAAAUUAAGGUAUUGCGUGAUACUUGUUUCCACCACCUGCUUUAAUCAGUCAUAGAGCUGCUUUCUUUGUAAUUGCUGCAUCUUAAUUAUUGAAUUAUUGUCAUAACCGGUUUCACUUUCUCUAGUGUGUGAACUUUCAUUAUCAAUCUGAUCAAUUUGUAUAGAAAAUAUAUCUAUUUGAUUUUGAUUCUUCACGUUUCGCUAUUGGUCACAUUGAACCUCAUCUUUCAACGAAAGAGUUUAAAUUGUCAACGAAGAACCUUUGAUGUCCACACUCUAGCCAAUUUCAGCACUAGGAAUGAUUGAAAGUGAAGCUGAAAUCUUCAUCAUCCAAAUGGAUGACUCUGUUAGCGUGUUAUUGUGGCGAUAGCCGCUCAAUCAGUGCUUAAAAUUUUGAAAUUGGUUGGUAUGAAUUAUUUGUUAGAGUGGAACAGAUGAUAAUAAAUGCUUAACUUUGAGAAUCUUUGUCGGCCUUAUCCUUGUGAAGAAAUGUUGUAACUUCAUCACAUUCACAGUUCUCCUUUGAUUGGUGCAAUGUGGCGGCAUCAGGAGUAGCAUCUAUGUUAUCAAGUAGAGGGAUUAAUUGAGUUUGUUUGACUUGGCAUGAACUCAUUUGAUGUCAAAUACUACGACACAGUUAGAAGUAGAGCAUAUUUACUGUGUUUACAGUAGUAAUUAAUCAGCAACUCUAGGUCUUUAUUUCCCUGUGAACCCUGCUACAAAUUAACACAACCAUGCCCCCUGUCAGCGCCAUGGAGAGAGAGAGAGAGAGAGAGGCGGUGAAAGUGAUAACAGUUAGAAUUCAAGGAAGAGAGACAGGUAUGGAUAUUUCCUGUCUUUAAACAUACUGUCAAAUGCCUUUGUAAAAGGCCAACUUCUAUGCCUUUGGGAGUUGUAGCCAUGUUCAUACACACCUAGAGGGAGAAUGGGAGAAUAAAGUAUUGGAAAAAAAGAGAGAAAUGAGGAAAAAUGACUGAUAAAAGAAGAAAAAAGGUUGCAGUAGUAAUUGGAGAUUCUUCUGUCAGUUUCUUAGCCUUUGGUGACGUUUUCGUCUAGUUUGGUCCCCUAUACAGCCUUGCAUACUGCAAGACUCAAUCAUAUCUCUUUAAGUUUCGGGGAAAAUUACUGCAUGACAUUUACUUUAGGAUUAUGUUAAUUCAUAAGUUGAUCCUUGAUGGAAGCCAAAAAUGUCCCCCUCUGUGGCAUGGACAAUUUAACACUUUCAUUUUUGGCUAAAGUUUUAGUUGUGAAAUUAGUAGACAUAUAAGUUCUAUUUUCUGCAAGAAAGCAAAAGUUAUGGUCUCAAAAGAUGAUAUCUGAGAUUGGAUCCAGCAAUUUAAAUAAUCUAUGUGAUAUGAUUGAGUUCAAAUGACAAACUUCAAUUGCAUUGUGAUUCUUGGCUAUGACAUGUAACCUGCCAUCUCUCUGCAUUGAUGUGAUGCAUGGUUUAUGACAGUACUAUGAGGUUGUUUUGGUCAAUUCAAUGAGAAUAUUGUAAUAUGAAUAGUUGGGUGCAGAGGAAUAUGUUUAAGUAUUUGAUUACUCAACCAGAAAAAGAUAAGAAAAAAACAAAGAUUCAAUCAUCCAAAUGUUCAAGUGAUCAAAGUUUUAUGAUCCUUAGAUUUGCUUAGAAUAGAAAAGGGUAAGAAAUACUAUAGAAUGUCUUAUACUAUUUAUAGCAGCCCGGAAGCCUUCCUUCAGGCAUCAUCAACAAAACCUGCUUUGUUGUGUACUUUGCUCUCAGAACCAGGAACCACCGUCCCAUGAUUCUUUCACCCCUCAACCUCUCCACAGCCCUUCCCAUCUCCUUCUAGGUAUACCAUCUAUCAGAGAGUUUAGAGCACCAAAAGAGAUGAGAGGCCGAUCUUCAUCCAAGCAUAGCUAUGGUAGCAUGGAGGUGGAGAGAUCAAAGAUGCAAGAGGAGCCACAGCUCUCUGGAGCCUACAUUCGAAGUCUUGUCAAACAACUUAGCUCCUCAAGAACCAAAGAACCGAUGAAUCCUAGGUCCCCUAACACUGUCCUUGGAGAUGAGCUCUCUCAAGACCCUACCAAACUUGCUGAAUCUCCCGGUGAACCUCAACUACCACAGCCUUCUGUGCCUCCUCAACCGAAGAAACAAGUCAGGAGAAGGCUUCACACCAGCAGGCCUUAUCAAGAAAGGUUGCUGAACAUGGCUGAGGCUAGGAGAGAAAUUGUGACUGCUCUUAAGUUUCAUAGGGCAUCCAUGAAACAAGCCGCGGAACAACAGCAGCAGCAGCAGCAGCAGCAGCAGCACACAACGCCACCCCUACCCCCACCUCCACCUCCACCUCCACCUCCACAGCCAUCUUUGCCGCCUUUAGGAGAGACAACACCGAGGGUGUGCCAUACCAACUCCAUGUUGCCAAACUACUUCCAGAGCCCUCCCCUCCAACCGCAUACCUACCCUUCUCCUUACUCUUGGCCGUACUCUCCAAUCACACCGUUACCCAUCUCUGAUAACCUCAACCUCCUCCUUCCUAACCAACCCUUAGGCCUGAACUUGAGCUUCCAAGCAUUCUCCGACAUUGAAAGCCCCUUCUAUAGCAACAAACCAUCAAUUUAUUCACCAUCAUCGCCGUCAUCAUCCUCUUCUUCAUAUUGUUCUCCUUCUCCUCCUAUGACACUGCCAGGACUCCAAGUGCCGACAGUCUUGAAUGGCCCUCCACCCAGCUCUGAGGUUGCUUUGAACCCUCCUUCUUCAGUAUUGCAUCCAGUGAUGGAUGAUAAUGAAAUAGCAGAGAUCCAAUCCCUCAGCCAGCAGCAUGACAUGGAGUGGAAUGACACCAUGAACCUCAUGACAUCUGCUUGGUGGUGCAAAUUCCUCAACAACAUGGAGUUGGACUCACACAAGGGAGUAGGAGGAGAUGGAGAUGGAUUCCAAGUCUUCGAAGAGGUCAUGGAUAUUCCUGCUUGGCUAAGCGAUGGCUCUGGAGGGAAUGCUAGUGAUAGUAGCUUUUUACCGCAACAUUUUGAUGAUUACUACUUGGAUAACUACUCGCGAGACACUUCCCUGCCAUGUUUGGACAUCGGUGAAAUUGAAGGGUUGGACGGAGAUUGGUUGUCAUAGCAAGAUGAUCAGUUUCUUUUUAAUUUUCUCGAGUGUGUUCCUUUUAUCUUUUUGCCUUUUUUAGGAUUGAAAAUAAGAGUCUUGUUGCGACGCAAGAUGGCUAAGCCUAUGAACUUGAGUAUUGUUGUGCGGAAUGGGGACAGAACAACUGCCCAUUCUCUGCUUCUUCUAUCGAUGAUCUAUACUCGGACAAAAAGAAUAGUUUUUAAGUAAUUGAAUGACUACACCUUGGAUGUUAAAUUCAGUAUGUUAUCAUUAUUCAAA